AUGCUAAAGUGGCCUCGUCAUAUAAGGUUCACACCAGCUAAAAAAUUCUCGAGCAAAUAUUGCAAGUUUCAUCGUGAGCGGGGACACGAUACGAAGGAAUGCUUCCAAUUAAAGGAUGAGAUAGAACGGUUAAUCAGGCAAGGGUAUUUCAAAGAACUCGUUUUAAAGUGCCGUGAGAAUGAAAGCGUUGUUAGAAGGAGCCGGUCCAGAAGUCACGAGAGGGCUAAGGAUCAAGGAAAAGACAUACGAACGGAAGUGAGCCCAAGGGAUAACGCGCUUGUGAAAGGUGUAAUUUAUACUAUUUCGGGAGGACCUGAAGGGGGAGAUUCUAGAAGGUCGAGGAAACGCCAAAAUCGGAGUGACCAGAGGGACCAAUUAAUUGUGAACGUUGAACUAGAGGAGGAGAUCACAUUUGGGAGUAAGAACGCUGCCGGGAGAACUGGGUCGCAGAAUGACCCCAUGGUGAUCAAGCUAGUCAUAGCUAACUUCGCGGUCCAUCAAGUGCUGGUAGAUAAUGGAAGCUCCGCUGAUAUCAUCCUAAAGGAUGUUCUGGCCAAAAUGGGCCUAAAAAAUGCAAAGUUGGAACCUGUGAGGACACCGCUGGUUGGGUUUGGAGGCACUGAGAUCGAGCCUUUGAGGACCCUCGACUUGCCAGUUUCCAUGGGUGACGAGCCAAGAAGAAAGACAUUAAUGGUCAAGUUUCUGGUGGUGGAUACACCGUUCGCGUACAAUGUGAUCUUGGGAAGACCAGUGCUUAAUUCCUUUCGUGCGGUGGUUUCCACUUAUCAUCUAAAAAUGAAGUUUCUGACCAAAGCCGGAAUUGCUGAGGUAGUAUGCGAUCAGGUGGAGGACUGCAGAUGCUAUAAUCUGUCCCUAAAAAAGGGCGAGAGCGCAGAAAAGAAGAGAAAGCUGGAGAUCGUCGAUGACAACAAUCGAAUAUCUGGAGAGAGAGUAGAGAGAAUACAACCGGUCGAAGGUCACAAGAUGGUGGAAGUGAUUCAAGGAGACCCUUCUAAGACUACCAGAUUGGGUCGCAUUUGA